UCAUUCGUUGUCGGUUCGUUGUCGUUCAUUCCAUUCCUGUUUAUUACUCAUUCAGACUUUUCAGGGAGCACACAAUCAAUAUCCUUACUUAUUAUUUUUCAUCACACAAUUUCUGCUCAUCUGUGGGAAAAAUCAUUCACUCGAAAUAUUGCGUUAAAAAUGUUUAAGCGAAAAUUACAAGCGUUGGGUUUUCCUAAUCCCGAUACCUUGAAUACUGCAGACGAGAAGCAGUUUCGAAGCACUAUUGUUUGGCUGGAAGAUCAAAAAGUACGCCGCUACAAGAUUGAAGAUAGGGAAUCUCUAAGGAAUACAACUGCUGAACAGUGGAACCAAGCUUUUGAACAAUAUUUGAAGGAUCUGGAUUGCCCUUUUGCCAAUGGUUCUAGGCCGGAAAUUGUAGACUGGCUUCUUGGGCUGGCAGUGCAAUUUGAGUUCAAUGAGAAACCCGAAAGCUACACUUCAAGUCCUAAGAUUCAGCAACAAACUUCUCAGCAAUCAAAUCCACUUGACAACUUGGAUUUUGAAAGUGAAGAUUUCAAAGUUGGGGUUGUUGAAUUGGCUAAUCUUCUUCAAGUUCCAAGACAUCCAGAUCAUCUAAUGACAUUAGAAGGAAUUUGCAAUGUAAUCCAAGAAAAGUUAAGUCAAGAUGCAUUGAAAGACGCCUUGAAGACCAAGAAUCCAGGAAACCCUGUUCAAUUUGAAAACAUCAGCUUUGGCUUGGACAUAAAAUCCCCCAAUGUAAGCAGUGCUGCAAAUGUCCUUCGUUAUUUAUUCAUUCAUGAUCUAAGAGAUCUCCAAACCAAAAUUAAUGAGUGCCUUGUAUGUGUUCAAGCUCUCACUGCUAAUCCCAAAACAGACACAAAAUUGGGGAAAGUUGGAUUUUGAGUGUAUUUUCUUUCUCAUGGCUAACAAGUUAAUCUCCCAACAUUUUUCACUGUUAACUUCCUUCUUGCUUUUUUCCCAACUGCAAAUUCUUGUGAGUCACAUUGAAUGGGUAAAUAUUCAAGAGUCUUGCUGCACCCACUGAUGCAAAGCCUAGUAGAUAAAAAUCAUUUUGCAUUAAAAAGAUACUUUUCAUCUGAAAUUCAGUACCAAAGCUAGUGAUUUGCAUAAAAAGCCUUCCCCAUUUGUGAACCGAUUUCUUUGAUUGAUGUGCUAUGUACGCAGCAGCUCCAAUUAAACCUGUGGUUUAAACAUAUUGAUAUCUGUUACGAAAUACACGGGUUUGUCAUA